GAUGGGGCGAUGGUGGCGGCGGGGGACGGCAGCGGCUGGGGGCAGAGCCCCCCCGACCUUCACACCUCGGCUGCCCACCCUGGGAGGGGGGAUUUGCUCUGCCGAGCAGGGCAGGAUGUUGCAGCCGGCUGGGAGCAUCUUGCACCAGCCUUUUCCAAAGCAGGGGAAGGGAGGGAGGAAGGAGAAAGUUAAUGCAGGCUGUCCCUUGCCGCUGCCUUCUCCUUCCAUCGGCGGCUCCGCAUACAGGCGCUGGCCUAUUAAUAGUGUUUAUUUUUACUCACUGCACGCAAAAAAGAAAGGGCUGCGGGAGGGGCUGGGGGGGCUGCGCUAUAAAUAGGUAGCAAAGGUGGCCGUGCCCCGGGGAGGGGAGGAGGAGGAGGGGGCGGCCAGUUCUUCACCGGGUGCGCAGCGGCUGCGGACCCUGCGUGGAGCCGAGCGCACGGAGGCGGGUGCGGGCAGCGGGGUGAUGAGUUGUGCUCGGCCUCAGCCCGGCGGGAGGAGCGGGUGAUAGCGAGAGAGAGCGGCCAGGGCGAUGCUGCACGGCCCCGCCGCCAUGGGGGAGCCGUGGCCGCCGCAGCCGCAGCAGCAGCGGCUCCCGGGCCCCGGGAACGCUUCGGAGCCCCCCGCCUGGCCCUCGGCGGCGGGCGGGCCGGGCACGGCGGCGCCGGGCGGCGGAGGGGCCGCGGGGGUCGUGAGCCCCUGGGACAUCGCGCUGUGCGCCACGGGCACGGCGGUGGCCGGCGAGAACGCGCUGGUGCUCGCCGUGCUGUUCUACACGCCGAGCCUGCGGGCGCCCAUGUUCCUGCUGAUCGGCAGCCUGGCGCUGGCCGACCUGCUGGCCGGGCUGGGGCUGGUGGCCAACUUCGCCGUGCGGUACCUGCUGCGGCCGCCCAGCGAGGCGGCGGAGCUGGCGGCCGCGGGGCUGCUGCUCGCCGCCUUCUCCGCCUCCGUCUGCAGCCUCCUGGCCAUCACCGUGGACCGCUACCUGUCGCUGUACAACGCGCUCACCUACCACAGCGAGCGCACGCUGGGCUUCACCUGCGCCAUGGUGCUGCUGAUGUGGCUGCUGUGCCUGGGCGUGGGGCUGCUGCCCCUCCUGGGCUGGAACUGCCUGCGGGACCAGAGCGCCUGCAGCAUCCUGCGGCCCGUCACCAAGGACAACGCGGCCGUGCUGGCCGUCACCUUCCUCCUCCUCUUCGCCCUCAUGAUGCAGCUCUACCUGCAGAUCUGCAAGAUCGCCUUCCGGCACGCCCAGCAGAUCGCCGUGCAGCACCAGUUCAUCGCCACGGCGCAGGCCACCUCCACCCGCAAAGGGCUCUCCACGCUCUCGCUCAUCCUCGGCACCUUUGCCCUGUGCUGGAUCCCCUUCGCCAUCUACUCCCUGGUGGCCGAUUCCAGUUACCCCGCGGUCUACACCUACUCCCUGGCGCUGCCCGCCACCUGCAACUCCCUCAUCAACCCCAUCAUUUACGCCUUCAGAAACCCAGACAUCCAGAAGUCCCUCUGGCUGGCCUGCUGCGGGUGCAUCCCCUCCACGUUCUCCUCCAGACCAAGGACAUCGAGCGAUGUGUGAGGACUGAGCACGGAGCCAGAGGUGCUCCCUUGCUCUCCUCCUCCUUCUCUUUUUCCCCUCUGUCGUUAUUGUUUCCUACCGGGAGGGACCCCCCGGUCAGCACAUCUCGUUCCAUGGAAAGAUGGCCAAAAAGAGAAAAAGGGAAAAAGAAGGGGGAAAGAAAGAGAGAGAGUAGAAUGAUAAUGGUUUCCUUUAGAAAUGUUAUUUUCUUACGCAUUUUAUUUUUUAUUUAAAAACACAAAACACCAAAAAAAAAAAAAAAAAAGAAAAGAAAGAAAGAAUGAAAAGGAAAGAAAAAGGAUCCUCGUACGAUGGUGUUUAUCUGCUCUCGGGGUAAGGAGCCAGGCGAGCAGCGGGCCCCGUCCGGGUGGUCCCACGCCUCGAGGCACAUCCCACGGGAAGGCCACAGGAGCGGGCGGGGGCAGGUGUCACGUACCCCCCGGCGGGGCUGGUCCCCACGCGUGGGGUUGUUACGCGGGGCGCCCACUCCCCUGAAAUCAGGUCUUGCGAUGCUAUGCAAUAACGGGGGGGGGCGUUCAGCACCGCAGAGGGGACAGCUCCGGCCGGGGGGCGGGCUGAGGGGACCCGCGGGGGGCACGGGGACUCUCUGUGUCUGUGUCGUUUGUGAAGCACUUCGAGAACCUGCGGGGCAAAAGGCUCUUUGGGUUGUUUGGGCUGUCGCAGGGAUGGAGGUACCCAGGGAAUCCAUUCCGUCCUUCCCCCCCCCCGCAAAGGUGACUGGGGCAGGGGGAGGGCUGAUGGUGUGUGGGUGGGGAGGGCAGUUGGGGUGCACCCCAAAGUCUGGGAGGCCAAGGAAGGGCUCUCCUGUCCGACUGGGGCUGUGGGGUGAUGCUCUCCCCCCUCUGCACUCCCUUCCACACCAGUCGUUUACAUGGGGAGGGAUUUUGAUCCAAAGAGGGGUCCAGGCUUGCUGGGGUCCCCAAGAGGGAAGCCUUGUAAUCACACACGUUAUUCCUGAUGCUGCCAAUUUAACUCGCUUCGUUAGAGAAGCAACGGGCCCCUCCCAUUCCCCUACUGUCUGAUGUGCUUUGUGGUGUUAGUGAGACAGAUGAAGUGUCCUUUGCCUUGUGCUUUCUUUUGGCCGGGCGGUGGAAGUGCAUUCACUUGCAGAGCAGGGAACGAAGCAACGCUCACGGGAUGGCAGGGCCCGGGGUGGAGCAGCCAGGGUGGCUCAGGGCACAGGCAGGGGGUGCUGCUCCAGGGCCUGGCGUGGGAACAACUCUGGAGAACCCUCACCAGCUGAGCCUGGUAUCCCAAACAUUCUGCUUUCCUUUAGAGAAAUUGCUGCGGUGUUGGACAGGGACUUUGGACAAGGGCCUGGAGGGACUUUGGACACAGGGAAUGGCUUCCCACUGCCAGAGGGCAGGGUUAGAUGGGAGACUGGGGAGGAAUUCUUCCCUGUGAGGGUGGGGAGGCCCUGGCGCAGGUUGCCCAGAGAAGCUGUGGCUGCCCCAUCCCUGGAAGUGUCCAAGGCCAGGUUGGACAGGGCUUGGAGCAACCUGGGCUAGUGGAAGAAAUGUCCUUGCUUUGUGUGUCUGCAGUGGGUACAAAGGCACUUUAUGGCUGGGUACAGACAGACCCAAGUGUAUUUUCUCCCUGGAUCUGUGCAAUGACUCUCUUGCUCCUUGGAGCUUAGUGCACAUGAGAAAGCUGUGAAUCUCCAAAGUGUGCCUGGAGCUUGGAUUUACUGUCUGCCUUUGAAAGGUGGCCACACUCUCAGUUUUUUGUUUUUGUGGUUUUGUUUUUUUUUCAUUUCCUUUCUCUUUUAAAUACCUUGGGCAAGGGGCAGUAGGCACAAUAUUGAAUCAAUGUAAGCUUUAAAGUAAAUAGAUUAAUUUAACAAAGAGUAAUAUUUAUACAAACACUCUGCUGAUUUUAUUUCUUCUGGUUUCAUAAGUGCAGCCAGGUCCCUGCAGAUCCUCAAUGCGAAAAAUUCAAUAGCUUAAACCAUUUUUGAAACAUUGUGAACAUUUUGAAAUGAUUUUAUACAACCACCCUAUCUAGGAGGUGGGAUUUGUUUCUCUGGGCAACUCAUUUUAUGUCUCUGGGUGAAAUGUAGUUUAACUAAUCAACUCUAGAGAAACUUUAGCAUGAAAAACAGUUGUAUUCUCUUGGCUUUCCAGUAAUCCCCUUAUUUCUGAAGAGCUUGAUUUUAACAAGCUUUUUUUAGUUGUAUACUUGAAACUUGUCUCAGUUUGAGGGAUCCACUGACAAACUUUGCCAAAGUCAAAUAAGAAUCAAUGGAAAAUAAUUCACACACACACCCCCCCUCCAUGUCUCUCCACAGCAAUAGGUGAAGGAUUUGGGAAGUGAGAGCUAAAGCUGAGCACACAGUUCCUGCCAGACAGCUGAGGUCGAGAGCAGGUGGGGAUGUCUUCACUGAGACCCAGGGUACUCACCCAAACCCCUCUACAGCAACUUUGUCAAACUCUGCUGCCUGAAUUCUGGUCCUUGCAUGAAGGAGACACUGAUUCUGUUGCUCUGACCCAGCUCACAGAUGUGGCACAAGUAUAUUCUCUGUGCUCAGAGUCGGUGUAAAAUCACAACCUAAUUUUUUCUCAAGUGAUGGUUUAGUUUCUCUCUCUUUGAGAUGUCCAUAGAAGUUGUUAAAAACACUUGCUAGGUUUCAGGGAAAGUCUCAAGAAUUCUCCUCUAAAAACUGUUUUGUUAAAUUGGCAUUUCUGCAGUCUUUCCACUAAGUAAAAGUAAAUGUAUUUUCUGGGUCUUUUAUUUUCCUUUGCUGUUUUUUCUCUCCUUUCUUUUUAAUCAGUGGAAAGGAGAGAAAACAAGGAGGAGUGAGGCAGAAGGUAAAGAAGUUUAGGUUCACCUGCCAUGCAAUGUGUUGUGGAAAUCUCUGACCUUUUUACUGCAUCUUUGCUUUGGCACUUUGUUUUUGGCUUGAUUUUGUUCUGUUUUUGUUUUUCAUUAAGAAAAUCUUCUACUGGAAAAGUUUCAAGUGACAGUGUUGGACAUCAGUGAGGAUGCUGGAUGUUGGAUCCUCCUUAUAUUGGACAUGAGGAGGCCUGACUUAAAACCUUAAAAUCUUUAGGAAGUUAGUGGUGCUGUGAGCAGGGUGGGAAUGCCCUGUGUUUGGGAUGCUUCAGUGUUGGCUUUGGGACACGUUUAGGAUGAAAUACUGGGCCUGACUUUGGAUGAGUUGCCACAAAAAAGGAGCAGCUCCCAUGAAUGCAAUGGUAUCACAUGUGGAUGAGGCAACAAUGAUAAGGAAGCACUGGAAAACAAAAUGGGUUUUCCAGCUGGUUUUCAGUCCAGUGAAUCAUCUGUGGAUUCCCUGUGGAUCCAAAACAUAUUCCAAUGUGGUGAAAAGAGCCAAGCAGCCCCUAUCUAGCUGCUGGCUUCCAUGAGAUCACAGAGCAACUGGAGUGUCCCAUUGCUCUCCACUUCCUGGUAUCAGAUGUGUUGUCAGGGUUAGGCUGGAUUCCCUUGUCACGAGGAAAGCUGAGAUCUAUAAAAGCCAUUGUGCCAUUCAGAUGAUCCAGGGGGACAAUGGUAGUUCUGCAAAGCACAAGGUCUUUGCUGGUUGGAAAUUUGCAGGUGCCCUUUGAUUUUCACAGAGCCUCCAUGGCCACUCUGGGUGGGAACUGGACCUGCCUGGAGAGGGCUGCUUGGUAUUUAACUGGGGAGAGCUCUGUGUCCUCACCCUGGCACAGACCUUGCCAUUGUACCUUCAAAAACUGACUUUUGCAAAUUGCAUUUGAUAAAAGAUGAAGGAUCAGAGCUUGGCCCUGCUUAGAUUCAUGUCACUGCUGGACUCUACAGGAGCUGGUGUAGAUCCACAGCAGCAGAAACAUGCAGAAAACUGGUCCUGAGGUGUGAGGAAAAUUGAUACCUUAGGUAUCCAACCAGCCCCAAGCCUAUGGCAGAGAUCAGUGUAGCCAGGAAAGGAAUCCACUGCUUAUUUGGGUGAUUUAUUUACAGGUUUCUGUGUGCCUUUGGCUUUUCCACCAUGACUUGGUGGCCAGCAGAAUGCAGGUGUGAAGUGCUUUUGUCAUUGGUGGUUGGCUGUUGAGGGGAUGAAGAAAGAGUGAAGAGGAGAAAGAAAGAGAAAACAUUCCUGGAAUACACUGUGACAAGGGCAGGGCCACCCUUGGGUGGGACAAAACCACAGCUCCAUGAGCGCCCUGAGGUUUGUGGAGAUGUGCCAAGGGUGGGUGUGAGCUUGUGCAUUUACAACAAGCCCUUGUUGUCACAGCAUGUUUUGACUGAGAAAUAAAAACAAAACAAAACAAAACAACCCCCCCCCCCCCCCCCCCGUAGAAUGUACAGGCUCUACCAACAAAGCUGCAUGGUUUUAUUUGGGUUUUGUUUUCCAUUUUGGUCAGUUUGGGACUCUGAGCAGUGAGAACAUCUCUCUUUAGCCAACUUUGUACCAGCAACCAGCAGGAAAUAUCUCAAGGGUCUCACUCCUGAUGUGGCAGCCCCAACUGGUUCAUGUCAAAGAGUUUGAAUUGAACUUUGAAUGAAACACCAAGAAACCAUUACUGUUCUCAGUAGGUGAUGAAGUACCUCUUUCUUGUAGAAGCAUCAAAUUUGGGGUGGGGAGGUCUUUAAAAAGCCAUUGGUCCUGGUAAUCACUUGUGUUGGUGUGUUCUGACCAGCAUCGAGGACUCACGUCAUUGUUACUGGUGAAUUAGAGUUCACUUUAAUUGUCAGGAAUAAUUGUUGAAUGCACAUGGUAUUUCCUUGUAACUCCUCUUGUUCAUGCACAGUCUUUCCUCUUGUUGAGGUGAGACAGCUUCACCCGAACCAUUUGUACCUCUCCUGUUCCCAAUGCAGUUCCUACUGCAAGCUCCCCUGAAAGCUGCCCUUCCUGCUGUCCUGCAACCCCAGGAAUGGAGCUUUCCCAUUCCUACUGGAAAUCUCUGCAAUACAGAGCAUUAUAGAGGUAAAAUGGGGUUUUCAGUAGAGAAGACCCAAAUCAGAAGAGGUGGGCCAAAGCUCUUCUGUCCCUGACUUUGAGGGAUGUGAUUAAAUUGUCUCCAACUCCAAGGGUAACAGUUGCCUUCACAAACUCUGCUUGAUGCCAACCCCCCCCUGUUAUCCCCUCCCUGCUGGAGGAUGCUGCCGUGGGCAGGAUGCUGGAUGUCUGACAGCACGUUGUGUCACUGAGCACUGAAACCACAAGCACAGGUUUAUGGCCUUAUUGCAGGAUCUGAGAGCUGGAAAACAGCAGGCUGGUCCCAGGGAAAGCUCUUCUCCAGCUGGGAAGUACCUGGCUGAGGAUGAGGCAGUGCUGGCUGCUUGUCCUUCUAGCCAGGCCUCCAGGCUCUGCCUGGCCUUUCUACAUCACACACUGAGAGGACUGGGCUUGUUCCUGAUGUCCCGUGUGAGCAGGACAAAAUACAUCAGCCCCCAGCACACAGAGCAUCCUCCCUGCAAAGUGAAUCCUCCAGCUCGGAGGGAGAGAUGAGUUUCUGGUGGCAAAGCCCAGCUGGAGACUCACCCGGAGCCCAGUCCUGCUCUCCAGUCACCCCCCAGGGCUCUGAGCCCCAGGUCAGGCUGGCCAGGCUUCCGUGUCCGUCGGAGCCGCUGUCACAGCACAGACGGACAGACCGGGAACCCAUCACCCUGUCCCAGACGAUUCCCCAGGAACCAGGUCAUUCCUCAGCAAUCAGGGCAGCGACUUGUCUUGCUGUCAGUGUUUUCACGAGCCUUUUAACUUGACUGGGAAAGCUGAUCUCAAAGAAAAAUGUACAGUUAUCAUUCACCUAUGAUUAAAUCAAGCCCCGUUGAUGCACUUUAUGACCGAGUGAAAACAAAUCAAUGCUGUUAUUGCACUGUAUCUCUAUUGUGUAUAAUAUUAUACAUUCAUCUGUAAGAGUAAUUUAUUUUUAUUACUGUAAAUAAAACUGUUAAAGUGAUUUGUCAAGAGGAUAUUCAAAAAUAGGGGGAAGAGGGUUAAAAUUAAAACAUUUGAAGAUCUGGGCUCCUGUCCCAGGUAUGUGCCAUA